AUGGCGGGAUUUAAUCAGUCCAAGGCAGACUACUCUUUAUUCACCAAGUCACAUGGCUCAUCUUUCACUGCUUUAUUGAUUUAUGUCGACGACAUUAUAAUUACAGGCAAUGAUCCAGCCUCCAUUAAAUCUCUCAUGGGAGUCCUUUAUGAAAAAUUUCAUAUCAAGGACCUAGUGUCAAGAUCCAAGCGUGGAAUUGUCAUCUCUGAACGAAAAUACACCUUGGAUAUUCUAAAAGAUGCUGGUCUUCUUGGAGCACGCUCAUAUGAUUUGCCCAUGGAGCAAAAGUUAAAGAUGACUCCAACUGAUGGUGAUCUGUUACAUGACCCUGCUCACUAUAGGAGACUUGUUGGGCGCCUUAUAUACCUUACUAUAACCAGGCCAGACAUUGUUUACUCAGUACAUAUACUUAGCUAA